AGAUUUUUUUUAAUUAAUUUUUUUAACUGCCUAUUUUGGGGCAUCAUUAACUAUGCGGCGAUUCAGGCUGCGCGGCCCCUUUAAAUCUCUCGCUCCCUGCCCUCCCGAGCUCUCGACUAUAAGUGCAGUUAUACAGUGCAUAAUCAAAGUUCACACAGCUAAUAUAACCCUCAAAUGGAUCUUUACAAGAUGUUCAUCAUGCAUGCUGCAUGCAUGGAUCGGAUCAUAUCUCCUGUCACUCCAGACUGAAAACCGCUGAUCAAACUUCAAUCUUGUCUAAAAGUGUCCUGUACCUUUAAGGUUUCUCGAACACUUCCGUGAUAAACAGAUCUGAUCCUCUUGUUCGGUGUGUCAGGUCACUGAUGGUCAGUGAUGUCUCUGCUGGUGUUCUCCGUGCCUCUGCUCCCGGUUGUGGCCGUGAUGACGGCUCUUUUCCGCUCACCGCUGUCGGCCCUGUGCCGUCAGGUGUAUUCUGGCAUACUGAAGCUUUCUCACAGGAAGGUCUGUGUCAGCUCCACUCACGCCUAUGUCUUCUCCAACUGCACCCACGGACAGGCUCAGAGUGUUCUGCUGACCUUUGACCUCUACUCCACCACACACGCCUCCUCCAACAUUGGCCCUCAGAAAGGAGCGUUUCUGGAUGAGAUUGUGACGCGUGAAGCUCCGCUGAGGGUUUUGGAGUUGGGGACACACUGUGGCUACGCUUCCGUCAGGAUUCUGCGUCUGCUCCCUCCGUCUGGAAAACUGCUGACUGUAGAGCUGGAUCCUCUGACAGCAGAUCGAGGGGAGGAGAUCAUACUAGUGGCAGGCUUCAAAAACCAGCAGUUUCAGGUGCUGACAUGCUCCUCGGCUGAGGCCAUCUCUUCUUUACCCUCUCACACUGGGAAUGAUGGUCUGGAUCUGGUUCUAAUGGAUCAUGACCCUGAGCUUUACCUUCAAGACCUGCUGGCCUUACAGAGAGGGAAUCUGCUCUCUACCUCCUGUGUUGUGUUGAUCAACAGAGCUCUGACGCCUGGAGCUCCAGACCUUCUGGAGUACGUGACAGCCAGACCGCAGAGCUUCAGCGUGGGCAGACAACUCCAUGGACUGAUGGAGAUACGCUGCCAUACAGGAAUGAGUCCUCAAACCCACAACUGAGUUCACAUUUCAGCACUUCUGCUUCCAUCGGCCCAAAGUCAGUGGGUUUCUGGUUAAAUCCCUGAAAUAAGGUCUGUGGUUAACACAAGUUCAAGAUAUUCUCAUGUUUUAAUCUGUCAAACAGGAAAACUCCACUCAUCCACUCAACAUAAUUAUUAUAUGCUUGUUUAGUUUUGUCUUCUGAUAUGAUCUUCCUAGUCGAGUCUCAGGACUAAAGUGAUGUUAAUUCUGUUCAACUAAUGUUUAUUGCCCUACUGUUGUACUUUAGUUUGAACUUGUUCAAUAUAUAAAUGAAAUGAAUAAAAAUCUACUCACUACCCUUUUGUCAAGAAAUUAUAGCUACUAUUAGUAAUUUA